UUUUGACACAAUCACCACUACGUUAUGCUGCAGCUCGCUAAGUUUAAUGUUCUAAGAAUUUCUCCCUAAUUCUUCGGUCUUCUUCUACUAAUCGUCUGCCAGCUGAUAUAAGUUGCCGCGGAGCUCUGCUGUUCCUACGUUUAUAGCUUUUGCCUUUGCUUUGUGUGUGUGUGUGUGUGUGUGUGUGUGUGUGUGUGUGUGUGUGUGUCUUUGCCAAAAGAGGAGAUAAAGUUGGACUUGCAAUGUCAAGCUGCGUUUGAGGGUGUUAUUUUAACAUCUUGGUAAGGUGAAGUUGGGAAGGCUGAGAGACAUAGUGGUGGUGGUAAAUUUGUUGCAUUUUCAUGAAAUCCGGCGGACUGUCUCUCCCUACUGCCACUGCUACCUUCCAUGAUGACGAAAAUAAAAUGGCGGCGGAAAAAGCGAGUGGAGACGGCGAAGAGCUUACUCCCAGUCUAACUAUAAAGGAGAAGGAGUCGCUCGAUGGACUGGACAGCCGUCUCUUCGGAUUCCUGAGCCUUCGCGACGAUGGCGACAGGACGAAAACGCUACUUGGGAAGGCUGUUCACUGCUACGAAUCUUUAAUAGUAAAAGCUGAAGGAAAAGUGGAAUCUGAUUUCUUUUGUCAAUUAGGUCACUUCAACCUUUUAUUGGAAGAUUAUUCAAAAGCAUUAUCCGCAUAUCAGAGAUACUACAGUUUACAGUCUGAUUACUGGAAGAAUGCUGCCUUUUUAUAUGGUCUUGGUUUGGUGUACUUCUACUACAAUGCAUUUCAUUGGGCAAUUAAAGCAUUUCAAGAAGUACUUUAUGUUGACCCCAGCUUUUGUCGAGCCAAGGAAAUUCAUUUACGGCUUGGGCUUAUGUUCAAAGUAAACACAGACUAUGAAUCUAGUUUAAAGCAUUUUCGGUUAGCUUUGAUAGACUGUAACCCCUGUACUUUGUCCAGUGUUGAAAUUCAAUUUCAUAUUGCUCACUUGUAUGAAACUCAGAGGAAAUAUCAUUCUGCAAAAGAAGCCUAUGAACAGCUUUUACAGACAGAAAACCUUCCUGUACAAGUAAAAGCAAUUGUAUUACAACAGUUAGGUUGGAUGCAUCAUAAUAUGGAUCUAGUAGGAGACAGAACCACUAAGGAAAGAUAUGCUAUUCAGUAUCUCCAAAAGUCACUGGAAGAAGAUCCUAGUUCUGGUCAAUCUUGGUAUUACCUUGGAAGGUGUUACUCAAGUAUUGGGAAAGUUCAAGAUGCCUUUAUAUCUUACAGGCAAUCCAUUGAUAAAUCAGAAGCAAGUGCAGAUACCUGGUGUUCAAUAGGAGUCCUCUAUCAACAGCAGAAUCAGCCUAUGGAUGCCUUACAGGCUUAUAUUUGUGCUGUACAGUUGGACCAUGGGCACGCAGUAGCCUGGAUGGACUUGGGCACUCUUUAUGAGUCUUGCAGCCAACCAGGAGAUGCCAUUAAAUGUUACUUAAAUGCAACUAGAAGCAAAAGUUGUAGUAAUACUUCUACACUUGCAGCAAGAAUUAAGUUUUUACAGGCUCAGUUCUGUAACCUUCCACAAAGUAGUCUACAGAAUAAAACUAAAUUACUUCCUAGUAUUGAGGAGGCAUGGAGCCUACCAAUUCCCGCAGAGCUUACCUCCAGGCAGGGUGCCAUGAACACAGCACAGCAGAAUGGUUCUGAUUACUGGAAUAGUGGACAAACUGUUUCAUAUAAUCCAGUAGAGCAACAAAUUCAUACACAGUGUUGGACACCACAAAAAUUACAGCAGUUGGAACAUCUGCGUGCAAAUAAAGAUAAUUUAAAUCCAACACAGAGACUGAUGCUGGACCAGCUGGAAAGUCAGUUUGCCUUAAUGCAGCAACAACAAAACAUACUUAAUCUACCUCAUAACUGCAAAAACCAGACCAGCAGUACAAGAGAGCCAUCGAGAAAACAACUUUCUAAUUCUGCUCAGGGUCUUCAUAAAGGUCAAAGUUCAUAUCUGACAGGAUUUAAUAAUGAACAACCUUUAUUUUCCACUGAGUCCAACAAAUAUCUUCAGACAUCUAAGAUUGUGAAGAACCAGAAUGGACAUCACUCUCUUCCAGCAACACAAGAGGAUGUUCUUAAUCAUCUCUCCUUGCACUCUCAUAUUGCUACCUCAGGUGAACAAAAAGACAUUGCCUUAGUCAAAGAGAGCAAGCCUUCAAGAAAAAGAUCCUUGGGGUCUGAAACAAGUAUGCAUCCUGGAAACACAUCAAAUAGUUGUCCUGGUAUCAAGAGACUUUCUAAUUAUGUCCAUCAGAUGACAGGAGUUGCUAGUCCUAACUGUGGAGGUUUUGUUUCACCAAAUUUAGCAAUUGAAGAUAAAAAUCAUCAGCUAUCUUCCUUGUUUGCUAAAAAUGCCAAUGACAAUAUGGAUACUGGAACUUGUGACAAAGUCAGUAAUUGUUAUCCAGCUGUUCAUAUAAAGACUGAUAAUUAUGUUUUCUCUUCACCCUCUUCAUCCGUUUCUAUAGCAACAUCUCCAAUGUCCACUGACCAGACUAAUAUACACACUGUUACCAACUUCAGCAGUCCUCCUAAUGGGUUACCCAUAAUUAAUGGAGAAGAACUAGAGAAUUCACAGACGUCUAUAAAUGUUGAUCUGCCUAGAGUUAAUCAUAAAUCACAUCCUCAGAUACCAUCAAUGUCUGUGUCUAUAUAUUCCAAUUCAGCAGAAGUUCUGAAGGCAUGCAGGAACGUAGGUAAAAAUGGUUUGUCUAAUAGUCAUAUUUUGUUGGAUAAAUGUCCGCCUCCAAGACCACCAACUUCACCAUACCCUCCCUUGCCAAAGGAGAAGCUGAAUCCACCCACACCUAGCAUUUAUUUGGAAAAUAAGCGUGAUGCUUUCUUUCCUCCAUUACAUCAAUUUUGUACAAAUCCAAAAAACCCUGUUACAGUAAUUCGUGGUCUUGCUGGAGUUCUUAAAUUAGAUCUUGGACUUUUCUCUACCAAAACUUUGGUAGAAGUUAACAAUGAACAUAUGGUAGAGGUGAGAACACAAUUACUGCAACCAGCAGAAGAAAACUGGGAUCCCACUGGAACAAAGAAAAUUUGGCGUUAUGAAAGUAAUAGCUCACACACUACAAUUGCUAAGUAUGCACAGUACCAAGCCUCCUCCUUCCAAGAAUCAUUGCGGGAAGAAAAUGAAAGAAAAACCCAACUUAAAGACUAUUCAGAUAAUGAAUCUAUAUCUUCAGAAAAUUCUGGGAUGAAGAGAAAAGGACCUUUCAAAACCAUAAAAUCUGGAAUCAACAUUGACCUUUCUGAUAAUAAAAAAUGGAAGUUGCAGUUACAUGAACUGACUAAACUUCCUGCUUUUGUACGUGUUGUAUCAGCAGGAAAUCUUCUAAGCCAUGUUGGUUAUACCAUAUUGGGCAUGAAUACAGUUCAACUAUAUAUGCAAGUUCCAGGAAGUAGAAUACCAGGUCACCAAGAAAAUAAUAAUUUCUGUUGUGUUAAUAUAAAUAUUGGUCCUGGUGAUUGUGAAUGGUUUGUUGUGCCUGAAGAUUAUUGGGGAGUUCUGAAUGACUUCUGCGAAAAAAAUAAUUUAAAUUUCCUAAUGAGUUCUUGGUGGCCUAACCUGGAAGACCUGUAUCAAGCAAAUGUUCCUGUGUAUAGAUUUAUUCAGCGACCUGGAGAUUUGGUCUGGAUAAAUGCUGGCACUGUGCAUUGGGUUCAGGCUAUUGGAUGGUGUAACAACAUUGCGUGGAAUGUUGGUCCACUCACAGCCUGUCAGUAUAAACUGGCUGUAGAACGCUAUGAAUGGAACAAAUUGCAAAAUGUGAAGUCUGUAGUACCUAUGGUUCAUCUUUCCUGGAAUAUGGCACGAAAUAUCAAAGUUUCGGAUCCCAAGCUUUUUGAAAUGGUUAAGUAUUGUCUUCUGAAAGUUCUAAAGCAAUGUCAGGCAUUGAGAGAGGCUCUUCUUGCAUCAGGAAAAGAGGUUCUAUGGCAUGGACGGUCAAAAAAAGAACCAGCUUCUUACUGUAACAUCUGUGAGGUAGAAGUUUUUAACCUGCUUUUUGUCACUAAUGAAAGCAAUUCUAAAAAGACAUAUGAAAUACAUUGCCAUGAUUGUGCACAAAAAUCAAGUCGAAAUUUGGAAAACUUUGUGGUACUUGAACAGUACAAAAUGGAGGAUCUAAUCCAAAUCUAUGAUCAGUUUACACUGGUUCCUUCUUUAUCAUCCUCUUCAUCUUAAUAUAGUUCUAGGAACACCAAGACCUUUCUACUCUUCAGGAAAUAUCACUGGCUUUCUAGCUAUUCGUAAGAUUUUUUGACUCAAUUCUGUCUAUGCAUCCUUUUGAGACUAAAAGAUUAGGCAACUAGACAAAGAAUACAUUGCCUUUAUUCCAAGUUUAACAAAGCCAACUUGGCUGACAUUUUAUAAAAUAAUAAUUAUAUGAUUUAUGUGUAUAUCUGACCAAACUAUCAGAGCUGUACAAACUACUGCUUUAUUAUGUCUGUGCAGUUUUGGCUAAUAUGUUAGUUUUUAUUUGCAUUUUAGCCCUUCAGAAUUUUCAUAGGGAAACAAUUACUGUCUGUCUGGAUUACUGUUUACCUGGUCAGUUCUUUGAAGGAUGAUUGACAAAUUUAAAUCAAAUUUUUGACCAACUUAAGGUUUCCUGUUUUAAGACCCUGAUGCUUAAUCUAUGAUUCUAAAAUAAAAGAAGUUAAUAGUCAAGAUACAAACAUAAUGGAUUGCACAUACUAAAGAAUAGAUAUGGUUGAUCUUUGCUUCUAAUCUGAACCAAUUAAAGUAUUUAUAAAAUGCAUAUUUAUUGCUUGAAAAUAUUUGUGAUUGGAAUGUUGUUAUUAUUCCCACACUUACUUUGCCAUUAAAUAUGGAGUAUUGUAAUUUUAAAUAAAUACUAUUACGUUUUUUAAUUGUAAAAAAACUGCUUAAUAUUGUAUAGAAACUUUUAUUAAAAUUGUUUAAUGUUUAAAGGGUUUUCCACUGUUUGAGUAUUGAAGAUUUUCUACAAAGACCCAGUUUCUGUUUUCUUUUUAAUUUAAAGAAUAUAUAUUUUAAAUGUAUGUUUGUGUGUGUGCACUAUACAAAUGUAUAUUAGAGACAAAUCUCAAUAUAUAAUUAUGUAAAAACAAAUUCUAAUUUUUUACAUCUGUGAUUGCUUUUAAGGUGCCUGAUAUAAAACAUCCUACCAAACACAAGUAUGAUUAUUUUU